GGUGCUGGGUCCCAUGGUGACUUGCUCUUGACUCUCGGGGAGGUGUGACAGGAUUUAAGCAGUGACUUGCAAGCUCCCUUGAUUUGAGAGAAGUGCCCUGCCAAGUGUAUGAAAAUCUCCCAAACCUCCCCCUGGCUUUUGCUCUGCAAACAGAGAUGCAACUCUGUUGCUCAGGGGUGUUUUUCUACCCCACACAUAUUGAUUCAGCACCUGUUGUGACAGGAUGACCAUGCGUGGUGCAGGGUUUGGCACUGGACUAGAAGCCAGGAGAUCCCGUGCUCAAGCCCAGCUCUGUACCUGACUCACUGUGUGAUAUCAGACAGGUCCUGUUGCCUCUCUGCAUGCAAUUUCCACAUCAGAAUGAAAGCGAUAAACAGGAUUGGUGAUUUUCAACUUAACUUUUUUAUUACUGAUACCCGUUUCUCAAAUCAAAUCUCCCUGAACCCUAAAAUUAAAAUACAACAACACACAGAUAUUAAAGCGGAACUGCCCUAGUGAGGGCCUCUCCCUCGACACUCUCACCCUCCCUUGUCCCCCACCUCCUGCAAAGCUCCUAGGCAGCCCUGCCCUGUUGCUGCUGAUAAACAGAAGGCGUUUAUUUGCUCCCUCAGCCUUCUAAAGUAGAAGCGAGAAUGAAGCCAGUGGAAUGCAGCUCUGGAUUCCAGAAGCUGGGAGCUGCCACAAAGGUUGCUGCUAUCUGAGACCUCUCCAGCCACCAGAGCAAAGCAAAGAUAGUCGAGGCAGAGAGGUGCCUGCUGAAUCAAGUGUUUACCAGGACUAGUAGAUAAAACCGAGCACUCUUGUCUAGAACAAAUUCAAAUUCUGGCUGUUACUAACUAGCUGUGUAGUCUUGGGCAAGUGACAGCCUCUCUGAGCUAGGCUAAUCCCUGGCAGACCUGGGAGCAAAUCCUUUUUUUUUUUUUUAAUAUUUUUUAUUGAUUUUAUAGAGAGAGGAAGGGAGCGGGAGAUAGAAACAGCAAUGAGAGAGAAUCAUUGAUAGGCUGCCUCCUGCACGCCCCCCACUGGGGAUCAAGCCCACAACCUGGACAUGUCACCUGACUGGGAAUCAAACUUUGGACUUCUUGGUACACAGAACAACACUCAACCAACUGAGCCACACUGGCCGGGCUGAGAGCAAAAUCUUGCACAAAAUGGUCACUCGGGACUUUGUAACUGCCGAAUGAUUGCUCAUUUGGGAGUUGGGACAUUUCGGGGAGGCCUGGCUUGCUCCUGUGUCAGAUGAUAUGGUGGCUCAAGGGUGGGGUGGUAGGAUGGGGCCCCGUGUGGCUCCUGAUAACCCCAAUCCUGACAGGAAGGCGGGUCAGAUAAAAAGAGGCCUGGGAGACUGGGGAGAAAGGUAUCAUCCGUGUACUAAAGGACUCCCCAGGCCAAGGGGAUGUGUCACCUCGGAUAAGUCCCUGCCUUUCUCUGAGCCUUGAGAUCCCAUUCACACAAGGAGAGAUGAGUGGCUCUUGAUAUUUUUUCUUCCCUACUUGGCUACUGAGUGUCCCCCCAGGCACCUUGCCUGAAGGUGGCGUGGAAGUACAUUAACCAGCAAUCUGUAAAGGUGUCUCCAGACUGACAAACGAAGCAGGACACAGCUAAUCAUUAACUGUGAGGCUUUGGUGCUGGCUGAGAUGAGCUAGGUCAGAGUUCUCAGCAUGGAAAAAUAAAAGCAGGGAUGCAAAGAUGGAGUCACUUUUGUUCACAUCGACAUCUGUACACGCCUCCAAAAGGACGUCUCUAAAACGGAGCUCUCCACCUCCUCUCCAAGCUGAACACCCAGGAGCCCUCAGUUCCAACCAGCUGGCUACCCUGUACCCUGACUGCUCACCAUGCAGCCCCAGUCUGUUCUCCACAGCGGCUACUUCCACCCACUGCUUCGGACCUGGCAGGCAGCCGCCACUACAUUCAGUGCCUCCAACCUCAUCUACCCCAUCUUUGUCACGCCCUGGGCUUGGCCAGGCAGGGGGACCAGACACUGGACCCUGUCCUCCUCCCAACAUCUCCACUUCCAUAUUCCUUCCCGGCUCCCCAGCCAUCCCCCCUCGCCACCCCCUCACCACUGGCCCUUUCCACAGCUACCAAUCCAUAGCCCACCCCCACUCUUGCAGGGAUGUUCCUGAUGAUGUACAGCCUAUUGCCAGCCUUCCAGGAGUGGCCAGGUAUGGUGUGAACCGGCUAGAAGAGAUGCUGAGGCCCCUGGUGGAAGAGGGCCUGCGCUGCGUCCUGGUCUUUGGUGUCCCCAGUAGAGUUCCCAAGGAUGAGCGGGGCUCUGCAGCGGACGCCGAGGACUCCCCGACUGUCGAAGCAGUUCGUCUGUUGCGCAAGACCUUCCCCAGCCUGCUGGUGGCCUGCGACGUCUGCCUGUGCCCCUACACCUCCCAUGGUCACUGUGGGCUUCUGAGCGAGAAUGGGGCUUUCCAGGCCAAGGAGAGCCGCCAGCGGCUGGCAGAGGUGGCUCUGGCCUAUGCCAAGGCAGGAUGUCAGGUGGUAGCCCCGUCGGACAUGAUGGAUGGACGCGUGGAAGCCAUCAAGGAGGCUCUGAUGGCACAUGGAUUUGGCAACAGGGUAUCGGUGAUGAGCUAUAGCGCCAAAUUUGCUUCCUGUUUCUAUGGACCUUUCCGGGACGCGGCUCAGUCAAGCCCAGCUUUUGGAGACCGCCGCUGCUACCAGCUGCCACCGGGAGCACGAGGCCUGGCGCUCCGAGCAGUGGACCGGGAUGUCCGGGAAGGAGCCGACAUGGUCAUGGUGAAGCCGGGAAUGCCCUACCUGGAUAUUGUGCGGGAGGUGAAGAACAAGGUGAGCACAGAGCAGAGACAAGGGGAGCUCAGGGAAAUGAGAGAGUGUGUCCGCGGGCUCUGGGACCUUAGAUUGAUGGACUGCAGAAUCUCAGAGUUGGAAGCAAUCUGCCCCUGGACAGGAAUCCUCCCCUCCCUGCCCCUGCCCAGGAGCCACCAGUGGGCAGAAGCCUUUGAACAGCUCUGCUCUAACAGUUUAAGAAUGGGUCCCGCCCUAACUGGUUUGGCUCAGUGGAUAGAGCAUUGGCCUGCAGACUCACGGGUCCCAGGUUCGAUUCCAGUCAAGGGCAUGUACCUUGGUUGUGGGCACAUACCCAGUGGGGAGUGUGCAGGAGGCAGCUGAUUGAUGUUUCUCUCUCAUCGAUGUUUCUAACUCUACAUCCCUAUCCUUUCCUCUCUGUAAAAAAAUCAAUAAAAUAUAUAUUUUAAAAAAAAGAAUGGGUCCCCAGCAGUGCCUCAGGGCAUGGGGCUCAAGAUGGUCAAAGGUUGGGCAGGGAACAAGGGACCCUCCCAGGGGUACACCCACCCUCCACUUCUACCUACUGCUGCUUCU